AUGUUCAAGAUUGUCUUCGUACUUGCCGCUCUCGCAUGUUGCGCGGCGGCUCAGAACGUGAUAAUCGCCGCCCCUCCCGCUCUUGCGACGGUCUUCCCCGGACAAUCCAUCGUCGUUGAUAUCGAUCGUGUGCCCUCUCUUACAGGCUCCCAGGACGUCGCUGUUGCCAUCGGCAUCAAGUCCUGUGUGGGCCUCGCACCCGCGGGGACCUGCGACGGCGUUGACACCUCUGGCGACAUCGGCACCCCGCUCUUCUCCGGCCCUUACACACCCCAGCCUGUGGGGAACGGCCACUCGGACCUCUUCCAGAACUUUACGGUCACAAUUCCGCAGUUCCUGCCCGAAGGUGCAGCCGUGCUCUCCGUCGCGCACUUCGGGCUCAUUAUUGGAGAAGAGCCAUUCCUCGAAGUGGUCAAUCAGACUGUGAUCAUCGGGAACGAUGCGGCGUUUUAG